GUAGAAACUUCAUGGGGUGUUCAGUUGGAGCGUUUAUCAUUGUAGUGGCCGAUGAACGGAUACUUCGGCUCAGGAACAGGAUUAAUAAUGGGAUCGAACGCUGAUCGAUAUCGGAGGCAUCCCACAAGGCGUGCUUCAGUCGCAGCUGUCGCCAUCAUCCAUCGCCCAUCGCGUGCGCAACUAGGCCAUGUUGGCCAAUCACGAUGCAUUCGAGCCCGAGGGGUUGCAAUGAAUAAACGCAUAUAAAGAAGGGCUGGUCGUCGGUUGAAGCAGACCAUUCCAGACAUUCAGGCCAUCAAUGUCCAACAUGCCGACCGAAUUCAUUAGCUUAACGUUUCCCAAUGCGUCCACGGAGCUGAAUCCGAUUCCCAAUGCCUCGAUUGAUCCGGAUUAUCUGGUCCGCUAUGCGCGAUCGCUGGACGACAAUGCCUUCAACUACACGUUGGUGCCUUACGAUUCGUCCUCGUAUGACCCUUUCACCAUCGGCGCGACCAUUGCGGCCGUAACCAAGAACCUCAAGGUCAUCAUCGCGCUUCGGCCGAACACGUUAUAUCCGACCGUGGCCGCGAAGGCUCUGGCGACUCUGGACCAGCUCAGCUCCGGCCGCGCGGUGGUUCACUUUAUCGCCGGUGGCAGUGAUGCCGAACAGGCCAAGGAGGGAGACUUCCUGAACAAGGAGCAACGGUACGGGCGCCUCGAGGAGUACAUUCGCAUUCUGCGCCGCGCCUGGGAGUCGCCGGAACCGUUCGACUGGGAGGGGACCUAUUAUCAAUUCAAACAGUUCAGCAACAAGGUGCGCCCGGUCAACGGCACGAUCCCCGUGUCGGUGGGAGGAUCGUCGGACGAGGCAUACCGCAUUGGAGGGUCGCUGGCGGAUAUCUUCGGACUCUGGGGCGAGCCUCUGAAGGAGACAAAGGAGCAAAUCGAUCGCAUCUACGCCGAGGCGGCGCGGGCGGGCCGUCCCGAGUCCGACCGGCCUCGCAUUUGGGUCACCUUCAGGCCGAUUCUCGCCGAAACCGACGACCUCGCCUGGGCCAAGGCUCAUCGUACCUUGGACGCUCUGACCGAGAAUCGAGCCAAGGGCCAGGGCAAGGCGCCCGCCGAUGCGCCGCCGCCGCAAAACGUCGGCUCGCAGAGACUCCUCGACAUCGCCACCCGCGGGGAGGUCCAGGACCGCGCCCUGUGGUAUCCCACCGUCACCGCAACCAAUGCGCGCGGGGCGUCCACGGCACUCGUCGGGUCCCCUCAAACCAUUUCCGACUCGAUCUUGGACUACGUCGAUCUCGGGGCCGAGCUGAUCUCCAUUCGGGGUUAUGACAAUCUCCACGACGCCAUCGACUAUGGCCGUUACAUCCUGCCCCGGGUGCGCCAGGCAUUGAAGGAGCGGGAAAGCUCAUCUGCGGCCUAGGGGGGUCUUUUGCAAAUACUCGAGAUGGGAGCCGUACUGUGGUGCUAUAUGAGGCCACUGAUUAUGAGAUAUGAGUUGGUUAGAUGUCGUUGUCAAAGUCUUCCCACACGAAAGAUUAAUGCGCACCUGGGUAGAACACCUUAGAAUAUAUAACAGAUGCCAGAAUGGACACGAC